UCCGACUUUCAUCUCCAAAUCAAACACAAACGCUGCUUUUCCUCUCGAGCUUCUCCCUUCCCUUCUACUGUUGCUAUCAUAUUCACAACAAAUCAGUGAAGAAAGCCCUUCUUGUGGUACCGUUUGAGAAGAUUACUGACGGAAAAAAGAAACAGUGAUUUAGACUAUAAGUGGGGGGGGGGGGUAAAACCCAGGUUCGACGCGUUGUAGACAUCACGGCUAUACCCGGAGUUUCUCGGCCUCUACUUCAUGUCCGGGCUGUACGACGCAAGGGUUGUGUAAUUGAGAGCAACCCUUCGCCGCACGGCGGGCGUGGUGCUUUGCCUUCCGAAGGCGGGAGCCCUUCUGACCUCCUCUUCCUCGCUGGUGGUGGUUUUUCUUCCUCUUCGUCGUACUUAUUAAUGAUAUAUUAGUUUUAGGUCUACUUUACAUUUCCAAGCUAGCCCAGUUAUUAAGAGCGAUUGGAUCUCGCUUAGGCAGAAGUUUAUUGUUGUUAGUGUUGGGUGUCUCUGGUUAUUGAUUAAUUUUUCUGAGAGAGUGAGAUAGAGAGAAAAAAAAGGAGAGAUUUAGCAAGAUGUUGAGGAUCAAGAGGGUACCGACCAUUGUUUCGAAUUACCAGAAAGAGGAGGGGGAAGAGGUUGCUCGCCUCGGAGGGGGCUGCGGCCGCAAUUGCCUCAACAAGUGUUGCAUUCAAGGUGCAAAGCUCCCUUUAUAUGCUUUUAAGAGGGAGAACAAGAUUGUCGGUGACAGGUGUUUAGCCGGAGAUGAGAGCAGAGAGCCUCCCGUGGACUUUCUGGAAUCGCUGCUCCUUGGGGAGUGGGAGGAUCGCAUGCAGAGAGGGUUCUUUCGCUAUGAUGUCACUGCCUGUGAAACCAAGGUGAUUCCGGGUGACUAUGGUUUUAUCGCCCAGCUGAACGAGGGCCGCCAUCUUAAGAAGAGGCCAACUGAGUUCCGUGUUGAUAAGGUCCUCCAGACUUUUGAUGGGAACAAAUUCAACUUCACUAAAGUUGGGCAAGAAGAGGUCCUUUUCCAGUUUGAAGCCAGUGAAGAUGGUGAAGUCCGGUUCUUCCCAAGUGCGCCUGUUGAUGUUGAGAAUUCUCCAAGUGUUGUUGCCAUCAACGUGAGUCCAAUUGAGUAUGGACAUGUGCUUCUGAUCCCUCGUGUUCUCGAGUGCUUGCCGCAAAGGAUUGACCGUGACAGCUUCUGCCUUGCCCUUUACAUGGCGGUAGAAGCUGGGAAUCCAUACUUUAGGUUGGGUUACAACAGCUUGGGUGCAUUUGCCACCAUCAACCACCUUCACUUCCAGGCUUACUACUUGGCUGUGCCCUUUCCUAUUGAGAAGGCUCCCACCAAGAAGAUAGCCACUUUGGAUGGUGGGGUGAUGAUCUCCAAGCUGUUAAAUUAUCCUGUGAGAGGUCUGGUCUUUGAAGGUGGAAAUACCGUGGAGGAGUUGUCAAACACCAUUUCAGAUGCCUGCAUAUGCCUUCAAGAUAACAACAUACCUUACAAUGUCCUUAUUGCUGAUUGUGGGAGGCGAAUCUUCCUCUUCCCACAGUGUUAUGCUGAGAAACAAGCUCUUGGGGAAGUAAAUGCAGAGCUUCUGGACACCCAAGUAAACCCGGCUGUGUGGGAGAUUAGUGGGCACAUGGUUUUGAAGAGGAAGAAGGACUAUGAAGAGGCAUCUGAGGAAAAUGCUUGGAGGCUCCUUGCUGAGGUCUCCCUCUCUGAAGCUAGGUUCGAAGAAGUGAAUGCUCUUAUUUUUGAAACCAUUGCUUGCAUUGACAAUGGGAAAGGAGAUGCUACUCACAGCUCACUUGAGGAGGGGGAUGUCAAAACUGAGGAAGUGGAUGCCAUCACUAGUGGCUCCCAGCCCGCUACGGUGUCUGGGACACAAGAAUGCAUCGUUCUCCAGUGAGAAUUUUGCCCUGACCACCUGAUCAGCGGCGCUUUGGUCCAGUCAGUUAUUUCAGUUUGCUGUGUGUUUUAUGCAUCCGUUGUUAAUGGAUGCUAGCAGUUGUUGAAAUAAGUAAACAGGGUUUACAUGUGGCACCGCUUGUGUGUAUGCUAUCCGCUCCUCAUUGGCUCUGUAAUAUUGUAAGAUGUUGUCUCGUGUGUUAUGUAUAAAUGCUACUUAAUUGUUUGCUGAACUCAGCUCGUGAAUGUUGAAUUCGUAAGAAUUUGGUCCUA